ACACUUGACUUUUGUUGACGUCUCAAGUUUUUUCACGUCACCUGGAAGAGAUUCGCUUUUUUUUCAUAUCUUAUCAUUUUGAUUGAUAACAAAGAUGGGUAGUGAUUGGGAUGAGAUCAAGCGCUUGGCCGCCGACUUUCAAAAGGCGCAGCUGACGUCUACUCUGCAGAAGCUCUCGGAGCGGAACUGCGUGGAGAUCGUAACACUGCUGCUGGAGAAGCAGAUGCUGGAGGUGGUGUUCACCAACGAUGGCAAAGAAUACAUCACACCGGAUCACCUGGAGCGUGAAAUCCUAGAUGAGUUGUACGUGAACGGGGGACGAGCCAAUUUGGUGGAGGUCAGCAAAACCCUGAACGUGGAUUUGUCACGUAUUGUGGGCCUAGCCGAGCGGAUAGCUGCGGAAAAUCCGAGCAUACACCUGGUACUGGGGCAGCUCAUCGACGAGGACUAUAUCAGCCAUAUUGCUCAGGAGAUUAACGAGAAGCUAGCGCUGCGUGGAGAGAUCUCCAUAUCGGAAUUGGCUUCCCAGUUUGACCUGCCGUCGGACUUUUUGCAGCACGACGUUGUGGAGAAGCACUUGGGCAGAAUUAUCAAGGGUCGCCAGGAUGCAACCAAUCCACGUGUGUUCUUCACGCAGGCCUACAUCCAACGGUGCAAGGCGAAGAUUCGUGGAGCACUGUCGGCCAUUACCAGGCCCACAAAUGUGGCUGUGAUCCUGCAGCAGAUCGGAGUUCAGGAGAAGAUCUUUCACUCGCUGCUGGACGAGAUCGCGCCAGCCGGCCAGGUUACCUCCAAACUGGCCAAUUCCCAAUACGUGCCGCACAUCUAUGCAAAGACGCAGGCGGACUGGGUGAACUCGUUCUACAAGCAAAACAGCUUUCUUGAGUACGAUGCCAUCCAAAAGCUGGGUAUUUCGGAUGCCAAGUCCUACAUCCGCAAACAAUUCCCCAACGAAGAGUUCCUUUUUCUAAAGCGGGUGGCUCUCGGCGCUCGACUUGUGGAGCUCACAGUGGUCACGGCGUUGAACGAGUGUAGUGCCACCAAGCAGUACCUGGAUCUGUCUACCAUUCUGCCUUCCAAUCUCUCGGAGGAGGACAUCGAGGAAGUUUUCGGCGCAAUCAUGGCGCAAAAGCACAGCAAUCCCAGCAACUUUGUGUACCUGGACAGCAUCGUAUUCUCGCAACCAUAUCUUGCCCAGCUGGUUCAGCCCUGCCAAGCUCUCGCCGAGUCCCAGGCCAAGGUGGCCAUUGAUAGCGGCAUCUACCAACAGUACAUCGUGGAGAAAACGCUGGCGCAGAAGGGAAACGUUUCGACCCAAGACCUUGAGGACGAUGGCAAGGUGGACAAGCGCGACGAGCGCAGAAAGAAGGCGUCUUCUGGCAAAGCAGGUGGCGGAGCCCAGGGGCGUGAGACCAAAACCAAAUCCACAAAGAAGCACCAACGAGGCAAGGCGGCAGCUCAGAACGACAGCGAUGAUGAGGACGAGGUACAGCAAAGCUCUCGAGGUGGCGGAAACAAGAAGGCAGUGAAGCAAUUGGAACUAGUCAAGACUACUGAUAUUGUCAAAUUGAUUACUGCCAGUCUGGAGGAAGAGGGAUUAGAGCAUUUGUCAAAAUCGAUUGCUGCUCUGUAUACGAACCAAAUUAAUCAGGCGGCCUUGGUACGUGCACAAGAGUUGUUUGAGGCUACACCGCAGACAAAUCGCCGUCAGACGCACGCGGCCAUACAGGAUCGCAUUAAUACGUUGUUGAUAGACAUACGCCUUUACGAGAAGGGUUUAAAGCUCUUUCCUCAGGACACACAGACCCAGUUGGUUAAAUACCUGCUAAAAUCUUUGGGCAAUGAUAUUUGCAACGAACUUUCGUUGUACGUUGCCAGCGAGUGCAAUCUGACUGUAAAAAAUACAAACCUGAACGUGGAUCAGCGCAAUAAGUUGGCUCAAGAAUGCGAUGCCCAGUACCGUGCUGCGUUGGUGGAACAAAACAAGGCUCUGAACAAGACUAUUGAUGAAUUUGAACUUGCUACGGAAGCUGUGCUAAAGACCUGCAGCAUGAUUAUCAAGAAGGUAGACAAGAAGAAAGAUCGCCUGCUGAUCGCGGACCAUAAGAAGAAACUACAGGAGCAGCUGCUCGAUUGCCAGGAGCCGGCGCUGCUGCUGCAUCUGGCCGCUCUGAUACUGUUCACAACGAUCAGUGGAAGCAUUUUGCACGCAUCCGGAAAAUUUGUCUCCGCCAUCCUGCAACACAUUCGUGGAUCACUAAACGAGUCACAGAACUCUUUACUGCUCCGAUUUCAUGACCUGGUCCUGCAAGUGUUGCAAGCAACACCGGACAGCAGCGACUCAAAGAUCGCCCACGAACAACUUCAUGCCAUGCAAAAGGAAGUGGUCGAACUGGCGCAGAAUUACACACGCGCCUCCGUCUCUAAGGCGGAAUGAUGAUACUGCCCUAUUUGCUUAAGCUUCCAGAAGCAUUUCAUUAUAUCUUCGUUUACAUUGGUCCUGGUCCAAAAUAGAUUUUGCAGUUGUUAAAUUUU